CUGACAUUUUAUUAUCUAUUUUAUCUUUGAUAAAUUUAGGCACCAUAUUUUGCAAAGAUGUUUUGUUUUUGUGUGGUGUUUUAUAAUAAAUGCGAAGUAACAUAGUAAAAUUUUGUAUGAUAUUCUUAUAAUUGUGCGAUUUAAUGCCUACGUAAUGACUUAUUAUAUCAACUGGGCAUAUUUCCGAUAGCUACAUAACUCUUACUAGUGGUUUAGUUUUUAACAAUGAACGGAUCGAACAGCGUUGUUCAUAACUGUGACUUACAACUUGCUGAAAAUGGAAUUAAACAAAGUUCAUCUUCAAGCAAACUCGACAAACCCCGUGCAAAUAUGUCCAGUUCUCGGGACAGUACUGAAGAUUUGCUCGACCUUAAAGGUAAAGUGGAAUCAAGAUUGCUGUCAAUGUGGAACAAUGUGAAAUUUGGAUGGACAGUGAAACUAAAGACAAGUUUUUCCAAAGAAUCACCGGUAUGGUUAUUGGGUCGGUGUUACCAUCGCAAGUUAAGUCCAACUGGCUCUCUGGAAUCAUCUACUGAAAUUGGGACAGAAGCAACUGCUCCACAACCCAUGGAGCAAAUAUAUGGAGAAGGCAUAGAGGGCUUUAAAUCAGAUUUCAUCAGUAGAAUAUGGAUGACUUAUCGAAGAGAAUUCCCAACAAUGAUAGGCUCAACAUUUACUACAGACUGUGGCUGGGGUUGUAUGCUUCGCAGUGGGCAGAUGAUGCUUGCACAGGCUUUGGUGUGUCACUUUCUUGGCAGGUCAUGGAGAUGGACACCUGAUAAACCCAUAGAAAAUGCUAGAGAACUUGAAGAAGAUUGCAAUCAUCGAAUGAUUAUAAAAUGGUUUGGUGAUAAGGCAUCAGUAAAUAGUCCAUUGUCUAUUCACCAAAUGGUCAGUUUGGGUGAAAGUUUGGGAAAGAAGCCUGGUGAUUGGUAUGGACCAGCAUCUGUGGCACAUUGCUUGAAAGCUGUGAUGUCUGCUGCUUCUAAAGAAAAUUACCUCUUUGACAAAUUAGAAGUUUAUGUUGCUCAAGAUUCCACCGUGUAUGUUCAAGAUGUUUAUACACUUUGUAGGCAACCCCAUGGUGAAUGGAAAUCCCUCAUUCUCCUAGUUCCUGUAAAAUUAGGUUCUGAUAAAUUUAAUCCUAUUUAUAGUUCAUGUCUAACAUCUUUACUGACCUUAGAUUUUUGUAUUGGAAUAAUAGGGGGAAGACCAAAGCACUCUUUGUAUUUUAUUGGCUACCAAGAUGAUAGAUUAAUACAUCUUGAUCCACACUAUUGCCAAGAAAUGGUGGAUGUGUGGCAAGCAAAUUUUUCUUUACAGUCUUUUCACUGCAAAUCUCCAAGGAAGAUGCCUUUAAGUAAGAUGGAUCCAUCUUGUUGCAUAGGCUUUUAUUUAUCUACGGAACAUGAUUUUGAAACAUUUGUAAAUAUUAUUAAGUCAUUCCUAGUCCCACAAGCUUUGUCAUCAAAGUAUGAGUAUCCUAUAUUCACAAUAAACAAUGGAUCCUGUACUACUGUUAUGGACACGCCAAAUAUCCGGUACUCCAUAUUUGAAACUGAACAGCAUUGGGUUUCACCCAACAUACAAGACAGUGAUACUGAUCUAGAGUCUGAAGAGUUUGUAUUAGUGUGAAUAGCUUAUAGAGUUACCACAAUACAAAUUAAAUUAUUCUGCUUAUAGAUUUAAAAGUUAAGAUAUGCUAAGAAAGGUCAAUUGUUUAUUUCUUUUCUAGUAAAAUAAUUUACAAAAGAUUCAUCAUUGUACACAUUUAAUUAUUGUACUUACUACAAGAGUUGACAUUUUGUGAUUAAUAAACUUAAAUAGCUUCUUAUUAUUUGAACUUUAAAAAUAAUUAUUAUUGUGUUGAUUUUGCAAAAAACAGUAAAUAUUUGUGACUUUGUUAAACUUUAUUUUUAUAAAAAGAAACAAAUAAUGAAAUCCAUUGAUCUGACUUGAAUUAAACAUGGAAAUUAUUUAUCAUGUUGUGUAAUGCAUAUAUCUAAACAUUUAUGUAUAUUAUGCUCGCUAGUGCCUGCCAUGUAUUUCAAUCUGUAAAUUAUAAUAAUAAUAUAAUAGUAAAAUUUGUGAGUACUUCGUUUUUUAUGAGGCUCAGCAAAGCAUAAAA